AUGGCGUCAUUUCUGUCCUCUCAUCCCAAGAAAUGCCGCCUUCUCUCCCUCUCCCUCGAUGAUUCCAGUGCCCUUCGCAAACCGACCGUCGCGCCAAUCGACUUUGUCGGCGACGUUCAAGGCAUCUCCUCGUUCUUGACACUCGAGACAGAUGUAGGGAGGGGUCGUGGAAUCGUAAGACUAUGCAAAGAUUCGAACGACGGACAAUGGAAAGCAUUCACGCUGUUUACUGCGAUGCAUGAGCUCAAAGGGUAUGAGGAAACUACUGGAUACCGCCGACCGGAGGGGGUGCAGCAUGGAGGGAAUCCAGGGAGGCAGAACUGGAAGGAUAGACGUGAGGUUGAGUCCGAAUACAAGGAUGGGAGGGAGCCGACUGUGCUUAUAAUUGGUUCCGGCCAAGCAGGAUUGACGGUGGCGGCUCGAUUGAAGCAACUUGGCGUGGAUGCGUUGUUGAUUGAUCAGAAUGCUCGCAUUGGCGAUAAUUGGCGCCAGCGGUACCAUCAUCUGGUCUUACAUGAUCCCAUUUGGUAUGAUCAUUUACCAUACCUGCCGUUUCCAGAAUUCUGGCCAAAGUUCACACCCAAAGACAAGCUGGCUGAUUGGUUUGAGACAUAUGCUUCGUCGCUGGAACUCAAUUGUUGGCUGUCCGCCAAGACUACUUCACUUACGUAUGACGAUGCUAAGAAGCAGUGGACUGUCGAGCUUGAUCGAACUAAAGAUGGGAAGCUAGAAACUCGCACUUUACAUCCCAGGUUUGUCGUUCAGGCGACAGGUCACUCCGGUGGGAAGAAUUUUCCGUCUUCAAUGACGGGGAUCAAUGAUUUCAAAGGUGAUGUUCUUUGCCACUCAUCCGAGUUCGUGGGUGCAAAGCCCAACAGUCAGGGCAAGAAGGCCAUCGUGGUCGGUGGUUGUAAUUCUGGUCAUGACAUCGCGCAAGACUACUUCGAAAAUGGAUACGAUGUCACCCUAGUCCAGAGAAGCAGUACUUACGUGAUGUCUAGCGAGGCGGGUCUGCAGGUUUUGCUUGGUGGGUUAUACGAAGAAGGAGGGCCACCAACCGAAGACGCGGACCUAGCAUUCAUGUCAAUUCCCAAUCCCAUCCUGAAGCGGCUUCAUGUAGACGCAACCAAAGAGAUUGCAAAAAGAGAUGAGAAACUGCUGAACGGCCUGACCAAGGCGGGUUUCAUGCUCGAUGCAGGACCGGACGACUCGGGGUUGUUUAUGAAAUACUUUCAGCGAGGGGGCGGAUAUUACAUUGACGUUGGAGCAUCGCAGCUGAUUGUUGAUGGAAAAAUCAAGUUAAAGCAGGGCGUUGAGAUCACCUCCGUCAACGCUCACAGCUUGUCUUUUGCAGAUGGCACUGAGCUACCCGCGGACGAGAUCGUGUUUGCGACCGGCUAUUCCAACAUGCGUGAAACCUGUAGGAAGAUCUUCGGGGAUGAGACUGCCGAGCGUGUCAAAGACGUUUGGGGAUUUGAUGAGGAGGGCGAGAUUCGGACCAUGUGGAGGCGGACGGGCCAUGAGGGUCUCUGGUUAAUGGGCGGCAAUUUCUGCUUGGCGAGAUACUACUCUCGUAUGCUCGCUCUUCAACUGAAGGCUUUGGCGGAAGGCGUCAUGAAGUAUGAUGAGAUGUAG